AGCAUGGCGGCGGCGGACUCGGAGCGCAAGCGGGAACGGCCUGAGGCGGUGGCUGGCAGUGAGGGGGCAGCGGCGGCAGCUGAGGAGGGUGAUGAUGAGGAGCGCUGGGUCGGGCCGCUUCCUGGGGAAGCAGCGCAGGCGAAAAAGAGGAGAGUUCUUGAAUUUGAACGUGUUUAUCUUGAAAAUCUACCGUGUGCAUCGAUGUAUGAACGCAGUUACAUGCACAGAGAUGUUAUUACACAUGUAGCAUGUACUAAGACAGAUUUUAUCAUAACAGCCAGUCAUGAUGGACAUGUGAAGUUCUGGAAGAAAAUAGAAGAAGGGAUUGAAUUUGUUAAACACUUUCGGAGUCACUUAGGUGUUAUUGAGAGUGUUGCUGUUAGUUCAGAGGGAGCAUUAUUCUGUUCAGUUGGAGAUGACAAAGCAAUGAAGGUCUUUGAUGUAGUCAACUUUGAUAUGAUCAACAUGCUGAAACUUGGCUACUACCCUGGCCAAUGUGAAUGGGUAUAUUGCCCUGGAGAUGCCAUAUCUUCUGUUGCAACAUCUGAGAAGAGCACAGGAAAAAUAUUCAUAUAUGAUGGACGAGGAAAUAACCAGCCACUUCAUGUGUUUGAUAAGCUCCAUACAUGCUCUCUUACUCAGAUACGGCUGAACCCUGUCUACAAAGUAGUAGUGUCUUCUGACAAGUCUGGGAUGAUUGAGUACUGGACUGGUACUCCUCAUGAAUAUAAAUUUCCCAAGAAUGUGAACUGGGAGUAUAAAACAGACACUGAUCUAUAUGAAUUUGCUAAAUGCAAGGCAUACCCAUCUAGUAUAAGUUUUUCACCUGAUGGCAAGAAAAUGGCUACUCUUGGAUCUGACAGAAAAGUUAGAAUUUUCCGUUUUCUGACUGGAAAGCUCAUGAGAGUCUUUGAUGAAUCUCUAAGUAUGUUUACUGAACUUCAGCAGAUGAGACAGCAGCUACCAGACAUGGAGUUUGGCCGGCGUAUGGCAGUUGAGCGUGAGCUGGAGAAAGUGGAUGCAGUAAGAUUGAUAAAUAUAAUUUUUGAUGAAACUGGACACUUUGUUCUCUAUGGAACAAUGUUGGGCAUUAAGGUCAUAAAUGUGGAGACUAACAGGUGUAUUCGUAUCUUGGGAAAACAAGAGAACAUCAGAGUGAUGCAACUAGCUUUGUUCCAAGGAGUAGCAAAGAAACAUCGUGCAGCAAUCACUAUAGAGAUGAAGGCAUCUGAAAAUCCAGUUCUCCAGAAUAUCCAGGCAGAUCCAACAGUAAUCUGCACGGCUUUUAAAAAAAAUAGGUUCUACAUGUUUACUAAACGUGAACCGGAAGACACGAAGAGCGCAGAUUCUGACAGAGAUGUAUUUAAUGAGAAGCCUUCUAAAGAAGAGGUCAUGGCAGCCACUCAGGCAGAGGGUCCCAAAAGAGUUUCAGACAGUGCCAUCAUCCACACAAGCAUGGGAGAUAUUCACAUCAAGCUCUUUCCUGUUGAGUGCCCCAAAACAGUGGAAAACUUCUGUGUGCACAGCAGAAAUGGUUACUACAAUGGACACAUAUUUCACCGUAUCAUCAAGGGUUUCAUGAUUCAGACUGGUGACCCAACUGGUACAGGAAUGGGAGGUGAAAGUAUUUGGGGAGGAGAAUUUGAAGAUGAGUUUCAUUCAACCUUACGACAUGACAGACCAUACACACUCAGCAUGGCUAAUGCAGGACCAAAUACCAAUGGAUCCCAGUUUUUUAUAACAGUAGUGCCAACUCCAUGGCUAGACAACAAGCACAGUGUGUUUGGGCGAGUGACUAAAGGAAUGGAAGUUGUUCAGAGAAUCUCAAAUGUAAAAGUCAAUCCCAAAACUGACAAACCCUAUGAGGAUAUCAGCAUCAUUAAUAUCACAGUGAAGUAAGCAAGGAGUUGAAGGUUCCAGCUUAAGCAGAAAAUGUCACAGUGGGACCCAAAAAGGGAUCAAGAAUGAACAGAAGCAGAAGGGUUUGGAUCAGAGGGACCUUAAAGACCAUCUUGUUCCAAUUCUCCUGCCAUGGGCAGAGACACCUUCCACUAGACCAGGUUGCUCAAAAAGCCCCAUCCAGCCUGGCCUUGAAAUAAUUCACAGAAUUGUUAUGUUUGGAAGAGACCUUUAAGAUCGAAUCCAACCACUCACCCCACACUGCCAGGUUCGUCACUAAACUAAACCCUUAGCAUCUCAUCUACAUGUAUCUUGAAUUCCCAGAUAUAAGAAGUACCAGGACAGAACAAUCACCAGUUUUAAUAUUUUUAAUGUACCUAAAGUGCCCUAAAUCUGUAUUUCUGUUAACUUUGUAUUUUAAAGUAAAAACAGCUGCAUUUUUCUUACAAA